CUAUCUAACUGCUAUUUCAAACGAAAUUAUUCUAUUGUCUAGAACAACCAUGUUCAAGUUGGUCUUCAUAACGAUUAUUUUAGGUUUCGUGUCAACGGUACACUGUGGUCCAAUGCCACAAUAUCUAAUAGAUGGUGACCAAAAUCAGAGGCAAGAAGAACAAAAACACGCGAUUGACCACUUUACGACAAGACUGGUGGGAAAUUCUAAAAUUCGCAAAAAUUAUCUCAAUUGCUUUUUAGAUAACGGACCGUGCAGUCCGGAAGCUAAUAAUAUUAAACCAGGUAUGGUUCCCGAAGCUAUCCAAAACGAAUGUGCCCAUUGCACUGAAUUACAAAAAAAAGUGAUUGAAAAAAUGAUGUGUUACCUGAAUAAUCACCAACCGGAUAUAUUAAAAGAAGUAGCUGCCAAAUUUGAUCCAAAUGGAGAAUAUAUGAAGCAAUUUAUUAACAACUUAGAGCGGAAUGGAAAUGAUCAGUUUUUGAAUCCAAAUCUACAUCAAUACCAGCCACAGCAAAAUCCAAAUCAACCACAACCCAAUCCAAAUCAACCACAUCAACAUCAACCACAACCCAAUCCAAAUCAACCACAUCAACAUCAACCACAACCCAAUCCAAAUCAACUACAUCAACAUCAACCACAACCCAAUCCAAAUCAACCACAUCAACAUCAACCACAACCCAAUCCAAACCAAUCACAUCAACACCAACCACAACCCAAUCUAAACCAACCACAUCAACACCAACCACAACAAAAUCCAAACCAGCCACAGCAAAAUCAACACCAACACCAACCACAACAAAAUCCAAACCAACCAUCGCAACAUCAACAUCAACACGAACAAAAUCAUCAUCAACCACAACAAUAUCAAAACCAACCACAACAACAUCAACACGAACAGCAAUUAAAAGCAACGGUAGUAACAACGGCACCUAUAUCUUAUACGGCAACUUAA